UUCAUGUGUAAAUUUUUGACCGGGUAAAUGCGGAUAUGUGACCUUCCCCUUUAAUGACAGCAGUCGGUGCAGGUCCAGGAAAUCUGCGGGAGCGGAAAACCCGGGGCGGAUCGAUUGGGGCGAUCAUUCCGUGCGGGAGCUGCGGACACAUCGCAGCUUGACCGUCCCGGCUCCGCUCGCACAUCGCUGGCAAUCUGCUUCCUUUUGUCUCCCCCUGUGCGGCCAUGGAGUUGGCUUGGUUGCUGCUCCUGCUGGUUGUGUUCUAUGUUGCAUUUCUUUACCGUUUCACCGGCGCUUGGACAAAGGCUGUGGUUCGGGAGAAGGGGAAAGCGGAUUGCUCGCUCCAGUAUGGGCUGAAGGACAUGCCAGCAAUACGUCUGUCUGGCCUUUCAUUGAAAAUAAUGGCACAUCUGUCAAACACGAUCUUUGGACAGCUGAUUUUAAUUCCACUGAUCAUGAGGAUAACCAAUCUUACCUUGUUGCGGCACCUAGUUAUUCCAGAAGACCCGGUGUUCAUUCCUAUUGUUGUUCCUGAUGGAAACAGUGAACCACCAAGAGAUAGAACAAGUGACAGUAUUCUAAAUGAAGUUCUACAAUUGAGUAUGACUGAAGAGAGGCUUGGAUUUAACUUCAACACUAUCUCUGACUUUCUAGAAGGAUACAAAUCAGGUAAGAUAACUCCAACCCAAGUUGCUACGAAUGUAAUAAGUGCUCUAGAAGAUGCUGAUGAAGCAGUUAUUCCAUUGCGUGCUAUUGUGCAAUAUGAGGGUCACCUAAUAAUGAAGAUGGCAGAAGCCUCCACUGCUCGAUAUCAAGCUAAUGAGCCUCUGUCCCCUCUGGAUGGAAUUCCUGUCUGCUUGAAGGAGGAAAUAAAAGUAGUUCCAUUUCAUCAUCGAGUAGGAACUCUUUAUCUUGGUGAAGAGCAAGAAACAGAGGAUGCUACAAUCACAAGAAAGUUACGGGAGGCUGGAGCAAUUAUUAUUGGUGUAUCCAACAUGCAUGAGCUUGGGUUAGGUGUCACUGGCUGCAACGUCAACAGAUUCCAUGGCGUUCCCAGAAAUCCUUACAAUCUUCGCUGUUUUACUGGAGGGAGCUCCAGCGGUUCAGGGGCAGCUGUAGCAUCUGGUCUUUGCCCGUUGGCAAUUGGGAGCGAUGGAGGAGGGUCUGUAAGAAUUCCAGCAGCAUUCUGUGGUGCGGUGGGAUUGAAAGUUACCUUUGGUCGAAUCAGCACCAUUGGGUCAUAUCCUCUUUCCUACUCUACUGUCAGUUUGGGUCCAAUUUGUACAUCUGUAAAAGAUGCAGCUAUAUCUUAUGCAAUUCUGGCAGGUCCAGAUCCUGAUUAUCCAUAUGGUCUUCAUCAACCUGCAGUAAAUUUCCAUAAUAUUGGAAGUCCUGAUCUGAAGAACAUAAGAAUUGGGAUAGAUUGGAAGUUCUUCAAGGAUUGUGAUACUGAAGUCUUGGAUGUUUGUCAGGAAGCGGUGCAGUACCUAAAAGGUUUUGGUGCAACACUGGUAGACCUACACAUCCCAGAACUGGAGGAGAUAAAAGUUUCCCACACUAUUUGCAUACUGAGUGAGAUACAGCAGGCCUUGCACCUGGAUUUUAAUACUCAAUACAACAAGAUGAAUCUGGACACCCGAGCAACUUUAGCUCUUGCUUCUAACUUCUCUGUACUGGAUUACAUACAGGCUAAUCGGCAGCGAUCACGGACUAUGCAGUUCUUAAAAGAAAUCUUUAAUGAUGUGGAAUGCAUCGUCACACCAGCUAUAGCCUGUACUGCUCUACAUUCUGAACCUUCUGACUUCGUCACAGGGUGCAGUGAUUUUCGAUCCAUGUUCCGCACAGUAAGAUAUAUGCAGCUUGCAAAUUUGACAGGAAUUCCUUCUCUUGUAGUCCCUGUUGGAUACAGCUCCUCCAGGCUACCCAUAAGCCUUCAGAUUAUGGGUAAAUGGUGGGAUGAAGCAAUUCUUUUCCGGGUUGGAAUGAAGGUGGAACAAUUCCGAACUGAAACAAAGAAACCUCAGAUUUAUUAUGAUCUUCUGCAGUGAAGCAUUAAGUUAUCCCCAUCUGUGUGACUGUGUAUUCGUCCUUAUUCAUUUCUCUUUGUUAUACUACUUGUCAGCCCUCCUGCUGAGAGAACAGCUUUCUUCUUUUUUUCUCUUCUUCCCUUUUACAGAUUACCUGCAGGCUGCUGGCUGUUGAGAAUAAUGCAAAAUUAAGAUGGUAUAUGGUAUAUUUACAUGUGCAUAAUAAAUGAACCAAUGCAAAUCGUGGAGUGUUAACAUUUUAAAGGAACUGAGAGUAGGUGCAUGCCUUAAGAAACAAAAUCUAAUUCCAGGAGGAAUUUAAUUCUAAAUUAGAAGCUACCUAAUUAAAUGUCAACAUACUGAUCUUCUGCGCCUGUUAAUUCAAUUUUUGAUGAUGGUCAUUGAGGAACUUAAUCAUUAAAUUUAACAAUCACACUGAACUACUAGUGGCUUUCUGAAUUUGGAUCAAUUCAAAUAUACAAUUUGGGAUUUUGGAUUGUAAAUGAAUGCUUCUGCUUUCAUUUACAAGUAAGUUAUUGCAAAGUUGAAACUUGGCACAUAAAAGAAAUGAAAUGUAAAUCAGAAAGUGCUACAAACAGAAAGUGAGCUAGUCAGCAUCUGAGGAAGCACACAAAUUAAUGUUUUGACUGCAGAAAGGUGCACAUGAAACUUUCUUUCCAGAUAAAAUUAGCCUGGAAAUGACCCGGAAUUUUCAGGACUGUGCAACAAGCAUUAAAAAAAACUAGUUUUUAUUUAAAUUCUUCUUGUUGCAUCACAACUUGGCUAACUGCCAUCAGGUAGAAAAUUAUUUGCUGUUUUUGUUCAUCUUAAGUAACCACAUUUCCAAUGUUUCUGAUAGUUUUGCCAACCUGAUGUUACUAAGCCAUCGGGGAUUUGAUUUUUGUCUGUCAGAGGGAGAAACUAUUAAUGUUCUGUCCCCAAAAGUGAGAUCUAAAUUCAUAAUAUAUUGAACAGGCAUUAUAAAUAUUUAACAUGAAAUUUAAUUUUGUAACCAAUAUCAAGGCUUUCUGACAAGCCAUUUAAGUUUAAUUGAUUAAAACAUUGAAUCGCAUGUCUUCCUUCAUUGUCUUGCAUUUUAAAUUGUAUAAUUAUCAUACUGAAUUGUUCAGAUAAUUUUGAAGAAAUUUCCUCAAACUUCUAGUUUUGAUGGGGGUGGAAUGAAUGUUAUUAGUCUGAUUGUCUAUUACACACCUUGCCCAGUUUUCCUUUUCAUUGAUAUUAAAAUCAAGAAAAAAAUCAAAUGGGGCAUCUACCAGGUGAUUAAUCUGUUAUCGCCCAUUCUACACUAACGCUGAAAUUGAAAACUCCAGUGAGCGUUGCCGAACAUUGAAGAUAAGUAAUUUUUUGUUAAAUAUUUGAUUAAAUAGAAAUUCCUGUAUUGCUCCUGUAAUUCUUGUUGAUGAUUUGUGUUUUUAACAAUUGCAGUUGUACAAUUGUGUCAUGAGUGACCAACUACUUGAUUGCACAGCACAUAAGAAUCUCCUCCAUUGGAUGCUUUAUUCAAUUGAAUGUUUCAAAUGAAUGUGAUGGAUCCCAUCAGCAUUUUGUAUAUAUUCAGCAACUGUAACUUUGAAAUGUUUCGGUUUUAAUAAAAGAUCUU